AUUAAAUCCGAUGAUAACGUGCAGUUUUUACCGUCUUUGGUGUACGCGGUUGCGGCAGGUAGUCGCGGGACCUAGGGCCCAUUUGGAAAUUGAUGGAACGCCAUGCUCCUGAAAUGCCGCUAAAGUUGGCUUCCACUGUCAUUGUUUUGUUUUUAUUGGACGUGUUUACGUUAAUGUCGUUUUUAGCGUACGUUAUCGUCAUGCCUUGUUGCAGUUCGGGCGGUUCGUGAAAAUGGUUGAGACCACAAAACAAGUGAGGGUCGACAACUGGGGCAUCUAUUUUCUUCAGCGCCUUCAGUUGUUUUUUAGCAAAACGGAUUACUGCGACCUAACCCUACAAUUUGAAGGCAAUGUGCAGCUCAAAGUGCACAGGCUAGUGAUGAACGCGUGCACCGAAUACUUUUCUUUUUUGGAACAAACGUGCCCCGCGCUAGGCGAAAACACAAUAAUGAUGCCGAGCGAUUUGCAAGCGGAAGUUAUCGUGCCCAUCGUGAACUUCAUGUAUACGGGAAUGUUGGAAUACCAUCCCUCUCUAUUUGACAGGCUUUACAAGGCGGCCGAAAUGAUGAACAUCGCGAUCCUUACUAAGCUGCUGGAGGCUCAGUUGAGCUCUAUUAAAAAGAAAAGCGAUUCGCCCGCGCUAUGGAAUUCCCAAGCGAAAAAGUUGAUUUCUGCGAGAAGCACCCCCCCGCCAGAGAUGCCGACGCCACCGGCGGCUUCGCCGGCACCAGUGGCUCGUAAAUUUACCACCACCUCCCUGAAACGGAGGGCUGUGCAAGCCAGCGUCCAGGCGAUUUCUCAUUCGGGAUCUGCUUCCGUGCCUGAGUCCAAGUGGUCGGCCGCACCUCCCGCGAAAGACUUCUCGGAUAACGUGCCCAAACCGACCAGAUUCGAGUGGCCCGACGACGAUUUGCCACCCAUGAACUUGAUGGACAGCAGUUUCGACGAUAUAUCUUUGACCAGCAAACCGCUUUGGACAAAAGAGGAGGAGCAGCAGCGCGCGGGUACUUCAGUCGAAGAAUCCAGAGUGGAAAUCAGCCAAAAGUCCAUCUCCGACGAUCUCGUCACCGAGAACAAGGUCAACGUAGCUUACGAUGACGCCGCCCAGCAGUCGUUAAAUCAGAAGAGGAAAGCGGAGCAGCAGGUCGCAAGAAUAUCCCCGAAACGGGUGAAAGUGAGCGAAAAAGAAAAUGCGACGGAGACGACGAUCAACGUCAAGGGAAAAAACGCGGCCGAUUUGGAUCACACAAAAAUCGUUUCCGAGAUUUUGAAAAAGUACCCGGGGUUGAUGAAGAAGAACAAGAAUAUCCGGCUGAAGAUAAUGACGAAGCCGGACGCCGCCACCAAAACGUCCGCCGCCGUGCCUAACAACAAGCCCAAAGCCGAAGAAAAGUCGAGAAAUGUUAAGGAAAAUAAGGCGGAGAACGCGGCCUCACCGCCGAUCCCAAAAAGAAUGGAGAGCUACGUCAAAAAGGUGUCCGACGAUGGUCCCUGGAUCUGCAUGAAAUGUUUCGGUGACAGCGAUCGACCGGAAUUCGUCCUAUAUUACUUAUUCCGCAAGCACAUGACCGACGUGCACAACGAGGAGUUCGACAGUUCCCUGUGCAAGUACUGCGGUCAUUACUGCCCGACCGACGUGACGAUGGCGUUCCACCUUUUCACCAAGCACGGUCUGAAACCGCCCGCCUCGAUCACCUUCUCGAAAUGCCCCAAGUGUCCCUUCAUAGCGAUCUCGCCGGAACGGAUGACCCUCCACAUCCCCAACCACCAAAAGGACGAGGUGCAGUGUCUCAAUUGCAAGCUCUGCUUCAGGGACAAAAGCCGGCUGAUGAGCCAUAUCAAGAUCACGCGCCACCUCAAUAAAAACGCGGCAAACAUGUUCGACUGCCAGUACUGCAUGAAGAAGAUGCAGUCGUCGGUGAGCCUGUUCACCCACAUCAAGGUGCAGCACCUCAAAGAGGCGGCGAACGACGGAAUCAUCAGCCUGCACGAGAGUUUAGAUGUCGACGUCCAGGGUGCCGACAAGAACGACCGGGAGGCGGAAGAGAGUGGGGGCGUGGACGCGCAAGCGCAGCACAAAGAUAAGGUUAAAAUAAUUUCCAACGUCAAGGUUGCUGAACGGGCGCAGGCCGGCGAGGAGGAAGAGGAGGAGGAGGAGGAGGCGGAGGCGGAGGAGGCUGCAGCGACGACGGCGCCGAAAGGGCAGACGGAAAAUGCGGAAAAUGCCGCGGCAGCGGCUCCGCCCAUCAGCUCCGUCGACGUGCCCCAGAGUAUAGCGUCAAAUUUAGGUAAUGAAAAAACCGGUCCCCUGGGAUCGGACCAAACGCGCGUUUCCCGUUUUCCAGCCGGCCUGGUGGACAUCGUGGUGCUCGACGAGAACCAGCAGUACAUCCUGCAGCAGCCGCCGACCGAAACGGGUCAGCCGGAGUACAUUUUGCCGGAACUGGCGUCGAACGAAGCCCUGCUCCAAGCGGCAAACGCAGAAUUGAACUCCACCGACGAACUGGUGAUGGUGCUCACGGAUCACGAUUACCAGGACGAGGAACAGAACCGCGGUCAACCGGACAACUCCAACAUAGUCGUGCUGUACAGUCACCCAGUAGAGGGUCAGCAGGGCCAGUUCAUUACGUCGCAGGGGAACCUGAUGGUGAACUCGCAGACGGGCAUGCUCGAGAUCCACAACGGUACCGCCAUCGCGACCACCGCCGGUCAGAUCAUCGUCAGCGAGCCGGUCACGACCGAUUCGCAAGUGGAGUCGAUCGAGAUGAUCAGGAAGGAGAUCGAAAAUCACACGGAAAUGCACGCCAAGUCGAAACUCGUCCACGAGGGGCAACAGCAGAAGUUGCCGAUCUCGCCGGCGCCUCAGCAAGUCGAGCAGGCCGAACAAGAAAACCAUUUCGCCGACCAGACGGAAGCGGGGAAGGAGGUAGUUGACCAAGAUGUGGCGGAUACCGUUCAAGAAGAACCGAUGGAGGUAGAGGAAAUUGGACCCGGAUGUUCGUCUCAAGCGGUGGAGCAAUCGGAACCGGAAGGUGCGAACGAGAACGUUCCCGUCGCGACUGAUUCGGACACCAACAAGGAGUUGGUGAUGCUGAACCAGAGCCCGGAAGAGAACCUCAUCUUGAACGAUACUUCCGCGUUUCCUGACGAGGAAUACCACGAGAGCGAGCAGAACGUGGACGAGGAAGAGGCGAACCCGGCGGGGGAAGAGCACACACUAGAGUUCUCGGACGCCACUCAGCAGCCGAUCGAGGCGAUGGAGGUCAGCGAAACGGAAGAGCGGCCAGGCGAGGACGUGGUGGACGCUCGAGUUGAGGAAGAUUUGCAGCGGCAGCAACAGCACGUCGACGAGCAACCUGACUCGGAGAAGCAGAUUUGUCCGCCCGAAAAGUCUGGCGCUCCCUCUCUACCUCCUCCUCCUCCUCCUCCGCCACCCCCUCAUCAUCUGUUGACGCCUCAAUCCGAGCCGGAGACUGAAGAGGCUGGGGAGCAACGCGCCAUGGGCGUCGAUGCUCAGAUUGAGGGCGAGCAGUUGCAAGAGGAGGAAGCGACGGAGGAGCUUCAAGGGGAGGGAGCAGCGGAACAGUUUCACGAGGAGGAAGCGGCGGAAGAGUUUCACGAGGAGGGAACGGCAGAGGAGUUUCACGAAGAGGGAGAGGAGGAAGAGGAGCCGCAGUCGCCCGGCGAGGUGAUGGCGAAAGGCCAGAGAAAUGUGAACCAAACGAUAUUGGAGGAUUGGGAAGAUACGGAUUCGCAGCAGUCCGAGAAACAAACGCCGAUCGCGGAUGCGAGAGAUCCGGCUCACGUGACCAAACUGAUGGACGACUGGGAGGAGGAGGAAGAGGAGGAGAAAAAGCCGGACGGUGAGCACUAGGCGGGCCGGGCGCUUCGAAAGACUCAUCGAGUGUAGAGUAAGUGCAAAAACGUGUAUACAUGACCAUAAAGAAGUACCGAGUGCGAAAUAGUGGGUGCGGGCGGUGUGAUUUUACUUUAUAUCAAACCACAGCGUGUGUCUGGAUUUAUAUUUUAAAAAGUUCCUUAUCCUGUUUUUUUUACAAGCACGUGACGCCCGUAUUGAUACAAAAAUCAAAAGCUUUUGCGGUAUUGCGUAAUUAAGGGUAAAGGUGAGUUGAAAAGUUGCUGUAAAUAUUUUGGGUCGAUUUGUAUAGAGAAACGCAUGUCCAUACAUUGAUUUUACUGAUUUAAGAUGACACGUACUUUUUAUAUAUAUA